CAGCAGUGUAUGGCACCAGGGUCACCCUCUGUCCCUGCAGCACGGUGUUCUGGUUAAUCUUCAUGGUUUCCCCACACAGCACCCCACUCCGUGUCUCCAGCGAGGCCAGGGGCUGGCAGAGCCCAUCGGGAGCCAGUGGCAGCCUCUGUCUGUGCAGACAGGACCCAGCUCACACCGGGACACACACAGCAGCCUCCCCGCGGGCCCCUGCUGCCCCCUACCCAGGACAGGGUUGGAUCGGGACUGAGUGUCCUGACAGGGGACACUUCAUGACAGGAGGAGGCAUCCUGCUCCGGAACACCAUGGGGAGGCACGUGCAGCAGUAUGAGAUCAUCCUCAAGGCAGGCAUUCUUCCUCUUGAGGUUUUGGUGUCUGAAACAGCCCCUCUGGUUGUUUGUGGAAGGUUAAGGGAAAAAGAAGCUGCAAACACCUUCCCAAAACCCCAUCCUUGCUCUGCUCUGAGUUUCUCCACUGUCUUCACCAUGGCUGGUGGCAUCACUGACACAGGAGAGCUUUAUUCUCCCUAUGUUGGUCUGGUUUACAUGUUCAACCUCAUCGUUGGGACAGGAGCCCUGACCAUGCCAAAGGCUUUUGCCACAGCAGGGUGGCUUGUCAGCCUCCUCCUCCUCCUGUUCCUGGGAUUUAUGAGCUACAUGACCACAACCUUUGUGGUGGAAGCCAUGGCUGCUGCCAAUGCUCAGCUGAGGUGGAAGAGGAUGGAGAAACGAAAGGAGGAUGAUGAGGAUGAGGAUUCUUCCUCUGGAGUGUCUGACAGUGAUGUUCUCCUCCAGGAUGGCUACGAGCGAGCAGAGACGCGACCGAUCCUCUCAGUGCAGAGACGUGGCUCACCCAAUAUCUUUGAAAUCACUGAGAGGGUGGAAAUGGGCCAGAUGGCUUCCAUGUUCUUCAAUAAAGUGGGUGUCAACCUCUUCUAUUUCUGCAUCAUUAUUUACCUCUAUGGAGAUCUGGCAAUCUACGCUGCAGCUGUCCCAGUCUCUCUCAUGCAGGUGACCUGCAGUGCCACUGGCAACCAUUCCUGCAGUGUUGGAGAUGGCACAAAGUACAAUGAUACAGACAAGUGCUGGGGGCCAAUUCGUCGUAUUGAUGCUUACAGACUGUACCUGGCAGCAUUCACUCUCCUCCUGGGUCCGUUCACCUUCUUCAAUGUGCAGAAGACCAAAUAUCUGCAAAUCAUGACAUCCCUCAUGAGAUGGAUAGCUUUCAUCCUCAUGAUUAUUCUGGCCCUCAUCCGCAUCAGCAGAGGCCAAGGAGAAGGUCACCCGUCCAUGGCUCAGCUGUCGGGCAUCCGGAAUCUCUUUGGGGUCUGUGUCUACUCCUUCAUGUGCCAGCACUCCCUUCCAUCCCUCAUCACACCCAUCUCCAGGAAGAAGCACGUCAGCCAGCUCGUGCUGCUCGAUUACAUCCUGAUCCUGGCUUUCUACAGCCUCCUCUCCUUCACUGCCAUUUACUGCUUCCGCAACGACACCCUCAUGGACAUGUACACCCUCAACUUCACCAACUGUGAGAUCAUCAACGUUGCCUUCAUCCGAUACUUCCUGGGCCUCUUCCCAGUCUUCACCAUCAGCACCAACUUCCCCAUCAUCGCCGUCACGCUGCGCAACAACUGGAAGACCCUUUUCCACAGAGAAGGGGGGACUUACCCCUGGGUGGUGGAUAGGAUUGUCUUCCCUGCCAUCACGCUGGUUCCCCCCGUGCUGGUGGCUUUCUGCACCCACGAUCUGGAGUCUCUGGUGGGGAUCACAGGAGCCUAUGCUGGGAAUGGGAUCCAGUAUCUCAUCCCGGCUUUCCUGGCGUACUGCAGCCGGAAGGACACCCAGUUGGUCUUCGGCAGCGGGACAGUGAACAAACACCUCUCCCCUUUCAGACACACCUUCUGGAUUGUCUUUGUCCUCAUCUGGGGCUUUUCUUGCUUCAUGUUUGUCACUGCAAACAUCGUCCUCAGUGAGUCCAAACUCUGAUGUGCUGCUUUACCCGGGCUCCAGGCACUUCGAGCGUUUCAGUUCUCCCUCUGGGACUGCGAAGUGAGGGAAAGGCAAAAUGAAGGGAAGGGAAGUUUCCAGGCCACGGGCUUGGUGGCACAGGUUAGACCUGGACACAGACUUUUUCAACUCCAUUUUGGGUGUGGAUGGAGUGGUCUCAGCCUUGUUACAGUCCCUGUUCCCAGACCUGGGGCUGAGCCCUUGUCAGCCUGCACCAUUAACAAAUGUCCAGCCAUUUCUGCCUUCAGCUCUGCUGGGACAUCACUCUCUGUCCCUUCGUGGCUCUCUGUGUGCUGCAGGUCUCAGCACACAGGAGAGCAGCCAGCCUUGGUUGCUCACUACACAAAGAGGCAGAAUGUCCCUUCUCCCAAAGGCAGGGACGUGCUGUAUGGAAUUUAUCAGGAGUUUGGGGGAAUUGAGUCUCUUCUGUCUGCUGAGACCCCUCCACCAACCUCCUGUACUAGAUGAAGGGAAGAGUUAGGGUGGGAAUAGCCCUAACUCAGACAAAAAUAAUUUCAUGUUCUGUUACACUUUCUUUUUCUAGUGGCAUUAACCUGUUUGUGCACCAUGGAUUGCCUGGGAUCUGGGAUCUUUUCCUUAGAGCAGAAUUUCUCCAGCCCAGGAGUUUACAUUGACACUUCUCAUCCUGUUCUCCUGUGCUGUGGCAGCCCUGAUGGACAGGGAUAUGGGUCUUCACCCUGGGAAGGAAGGAAACUGCAGCCUGACUUCCCUCAGCUCCUGCACCCAUCCACCAGAGCCCUUACCCCUGUCUCAGCCUUGCCUGGGGCUGUUGCAGUAGUAGGUCAGACCCUGACUCCAGCUGCAGGGAUUCCUGUGGGCUGGGGAGGUGGGAAUCACCCAGUCCUGACACGGGUGGGGCUGGCAGGAGCUGGGGCUGUGCACACCCAGGUGUUUCCAGCCUCCUGAGCAGGGUAAUCAGCCUUGAAACGAGGUGGGUGUUAGCUCCUGGGAAGGGGGAGGUGGCAGAGCCUGGCUCAGCCCUGCCUGCCUCAGGGAGGAAAAUCUGAAACCCUGCUGAAACUGGACCUGAUACCCCCUCUGCUCUUUCUACACAGGCUUAGGGUGGGCUUCAAGCUGGUCCUGUUCAGCUCGUCUUAGAAUUUGGGCUGUGCUGUAGGCAGAGCUUUGCUUUUGGGGCUGAUGGGGAUCUCUGUAACACCCCACAGACAGCACUGAGUCCUGUGCUCCGAGGCCCAUGGGCAAAGAUCAUGUAUGGCUUUUCCUCACAAAAAGAACUUUUCACCUGGAAUAUUUGAACCCCCCACACUGAAGGAAGUUCACAGCCAGGUGCAUGUCACUCACCUCUCAUCCCCCUGCCCUCUGCACUUGCUGCAUCAUUAAGUGUCACCGCUCGCUACAGCAGAGCUUUGAGCUGCAGCUCUUUUUAAUCAAGCUCUGUUUUCAAGUAGGACUUUCUGGUUUCCAUAUGACCUGAAGUGCUCCUCCUGGGAGAAUAUACGAGUACCUGGAGCUGUAUAAAAACACUUCAUGGUUUUUAAAGCAAAACCCUUGCACCUCUUGAGCCUGAGCGCUGUCGCUUUGUCCUUGCUGAGCUGCUUGGAGAGGAUCUGGGGGGGACUGUUCAGGAUGGAGCAGAUGAGACAAACAGGCAUUGGCAGCCCUUGCUAGUGAGUUUAAACAUCCCAAGGAAAGCUGAUGUGGCAUCUUCAGUGCCAAAUUAGCAAGUUAUUUUACAGGUAGCUAUUGCUUAUGUCUCAUUUAGGAAAAGGGACAGUAGUGGUAUAGCUUGGAGGGCAAAUUUAUGGGGCAGCUGUGCUGGGCAGAGCCAGAGAGAGGAAUUUAAUGCCCAUGAAAUGAGCCUUUGGGAAGCUGGAGAGGCUGUGGGGGCUGCUCCCCUGCACGAGUGCACAGAUGUGGGUUUAUGGAGGGGGCUGAGGCCUUUCCCACCAUGCUGCCUGCUCUGGCCACUCUUCAAGUGCCCAUUUCACUCUCUUGCCUUCACAUGUUGUUGCCAGCCAGAGAACGGGGCUGUUCUCUGUUGUUUCAUCUCUUCUCAUCCUUCCUUCCCCUCUGAGAGCUGCUCUGGGUCUCCCUUCUCUCUCUGCCUCUGUGUCCUGGUGGAGGAAGGAGGGAGCCCAGCCUGGCACAGCCUCUCCUGCACUUUAAGAUGUGCCUUCUCCUCCCUGGCCACCUCUCCUCCUCAGCACCACCCCUGACAGUGACUUCUAAUGGGCCUUAGCUCUGAGAGCUGCUCAGCCCCAGGCUUUGGAUAUGAUGGGACAGUGAGGGCUCCUGUCCUGGCCCCAGCUCUGCUGCCUUAGUGAGGACUCUGGUCCCCAGGGAGCAUGAGUGCUUUCUUAAAUAAAUAACCACAAAUUCCCAGACACCUGCUGUCCUUGCACAGCAGCAAAAUAAAUCUAUCCAAGGAGUUGGGGUGAUUAACAGAAAGAAGCUCUACAGCAGAGAGAAUAUUUUUCAUAUAAAACAUGACAUAUCAAUGCCUUAAAAAUUACUGGAGAACGUGGGGAGGGAUUGGCUCAGCAGAGCCUGGAGUGGGCUGGGGGAUGCUGGGUGACCCCAGCUCAGUUCUGGGAGGAGGAGAGCUCCCUCCUCUCACCCAUCACGAAUGAGUCUGGUUUUAUUUGGCCAUUAUCAACACUAACAGUUCAUUAUUCUCACGUGCUGCUUGUCCUGACUGUAAUUAGUUUUCAAAAAAUGGGAUUAAAACCAGUAAAAUGCACAUUAUACAUCUGGUUUAGCCUGGCUUCUUUUCCUAACACCCACCCUCCCCCUAUUCCUCAUCUUGCAGCUCUGAGCUGUUAUUCCCAGAUGAGAUGGCUUUGAGUGAUGGGGCUGCAGGCCAAGGAGAAAUGGGAAGUGGAGAGGCUAAUGGAGACCCUCCCCUCUCCUCUAUUAGCCUCCUGCAACUCUGGGUGGUAGCUGCAAACUCAAUCAAAACAUCUGUACUUUUCCCUUCUCUAUUACAGCUCCGUAACACUUAAAACCAAACAAAUUGAAUUGCUCCACUGCCUCGGGCUGCAAAGGCAGUUUCUGCCAACAAAUUUAUUGUCACCAUAAA